UAUGAGAACGCCAACUGGAUGUGGGACUAUGAAGCUUGGAAGGUGGGAGAAAGUCUGGCUGCUAACUGUACCGACCAACACCUCACUAAAGACGGCUUCACAAAUACAAGCUUCAGUUGUACCUCAAAUGGCUGGCUUACUGAUUUUCCCUGUUUGACAGUGUGUGAAGGAGAGCCAGUUGUUAAUAAUGCCACCACCACCUGGAAGUCUGGGAUGUGGCUGGAGGGGAAGAAAGUGACUGCCAAGUGUAAACCCCACAACCACUUCAGCCCCAAGGUCUACUCCGCCACCAUCAACUGCACCAACCAAGGCUGGGAGAACACCACUGGCUGUGUCUACUGUAAGUUGAUAUUUGUCUUUUUGCAUAUUUAUGAGUAUUCAGUAAGACUAGUUAAUGAAAUAAAAAUUUAUGAAUCUCAUUCUAUUUUGAAAUAAAAUUCAAAUACUGAAAUUAUAUAUAAUAAAAAAAUUGUGGUAUAUAAAUACAUUUUUAAUGCAAUAAUUUAAUUUCUCUAUCUACUAAUCCUUUAAUUUUAACAU